AGUUGACUGGUCUAUCUCGAAUAAAAACAAAAAGUCGUAUUUGAAGUGUUUCUCCCGAAAAUCUAUUUCAGUGCGACUCAAACGUCAGAAAAUUGGAAACGUGGAAGUUUUGUGUCAAAUCUUUUUAGUAGUGUUACGGACUUUUGGUUUUGUGGUAUGAUUUUUUGAGAAAUGGGGAUGAUUACCAGGGUUAGAGGACGUUUACGAAGCCUUCACACCUUGCCGAAGUUGGACCCCGAGGAAAGGGAUGAAAAAAUUGCAGAAACAGUUUGUCUUUUGUCAGUACUAUUCCUAUUACCGUACUGUUCCCGAGGUCACGCCCCACUUCUCUUGAGUCUUGGAGGAUGGUGUUUGGCCAGUUAUUCGUGUCUAGUACUACCAGUACUAAUUUCAGCCAAUUACAAAUAUCCAGUGAGAUGGCUCCGGCAACUGGGUAACAAAGUGGCAGAUCUGUUUAUGAGAUAUUACGAACCAGUAUGCUACGUUCUCUAUAAAAUAUAUGAACCCUUGGAUCGAUGUGAGAAAGUGUUCAUGAAGAUGUCCAAUAUUUGCAAUCUAACCACUCAGUUGAUUUUCUUCAUGAUGUGUGACAGAGUUCUACUUUGUAACUUCGGAGGUACCCAUUGUCCACAAAAAAAGAUCACCGGCCUUUAUUCCCUUAUGUUUUACAACGUAAUAGCAUAUUGUACGAGUUAUAUCAAGGAACUGAUUGAAAAAGAAGACUGGUCAGUAACAGUAAGGAUGACACAACACAGUAAUAUCAAGCAUGUAGCAAUGUCAGCUACGAAGAUUGUUUUGGAAUGGACGAAAGCUGUGACAUUUGUCAUAACCGUUACAUUUAUGUUGCUGGUAUUUGGACUGGAACAAGGAUUAGAACACUACCAACCUACUGCGCUGUAUACGUUUGUAACAUGGACGUAUUACAUGUGUACAGAAAAAGUGUUUGUAGAUCUUUUCCUGCCUUUGCUAUUGUGGUUGAAACUUAAAUCACUAGAAGCAUUAGAGCCCUUGUAUGCUCCUGUAAUUUUGAGAUGCUAUACUAUUGGUUUAGCUGCUAUUAUAUGCAUAUUUUUAAGCUUCCACGGUCAGUUACGAUUUACGCUAUUAGCAUUUUAUCUUACAGUAUUUUUAAGAUUUAAAGAUAUGGUUAUAAACUGUCUUAAACAGCUAAAGCACGAACAAGCAGUUUUAGGUCAGUUCAGACAUGCUACUGACGACGAAAUUAAGAAUUGUGAUGAUGUAUGCGCUGUUUGCCUUAGUCCUAUGGACAGAGCAAGAAUUACACCUUGUCACCAUAUGUUUCAUGCAACAUGCUUGCGACAAUGCUUAAAUAAUUCGACAAUAUGCCCUAUUUGUAAGAGAGAAUAUACGUUUGUAUACUAAAUACAAAAUUGAAACCGAUGCAUGUUUCUCUUUUUAUUUUUAUUUGAUAUGUAUCCUCAUAAUAAAGAAAUAAAAAGAUAAAAUUAUAAUAUUCAGAAUGAACAGAAACUAAAAAUACUUUCGAGUCAUCAGAAAUAAGUUUACAUGCAUUUCCUCUUGUUCGGAUAAAUAGUUACAAAUUUCAUGGGACUGUUAAUGCGUUCUUUCCCAUCAUCAACUUGUAUGCGCCCACUGCUGGACAUAAGUCUCUCUCAGCUCUUUUCAUCUGUCUCUGUCUUAUGAAGCUUGUAUCCAGUUAGUGCUAACCCGCUUCAGGUCGUCAGUCCAUCUAGUUGGUCAGUGUCUUCUGCUAAGUAUUGCUUCUUGCCUUGCUUUUCACUAAAAAAUACGUUUUAUCCAUCGGUUGUCUAAUAAUCUGGAAACUUGUUCUGUCCAAUUUCAUUUUACCGACCCGAUUUUUUCGAUAACUUAUUAACAUAGUUUGAUUUACUAAAUGCUGCCCAGGCUAAUCCUAUGCGACGUAGGAGCUCACAUGUCUGGUUAUCUCUGCCCAACCGAAUUCCAUGCCCUAGGUACUUAUACGAUGUAAUCUGCACAAUAUUGCUUCGAUCAACAGCAAUAUUACGAUUUAGCACCAAAUUAGUCAUUUUUUGCGUCUUGUUAAGACGGUAUCAUCUGCAAAUCUCAAACGACUGAGCUUCUUUCCAUUUACAUUUUUAAUACCAUGUUGUUUCAGAUGUCCCUUCUUACAAGUAUAUUGUAAAAGCAUCGUGAAUAGCUUUGGAGAGAUUGUGUACUCCUCGCUGUAUACAGAAUUUAUUAUUUGUUUCUUGCGUUUCAAUGCUCUUAACAUUUUCUGAUGCCUUAUGGUAUUGAAUGUUGCUCGUAGUCGAUAAAUAUCAGUGUCAAUGGUUUGUUAUGUAUUCUGCAGACUUAUUUACCACGUCAAAUAUCUAAAUUUUAUGUUUGAAUAAUCCAAUUUUUUUCCAGUUUGCUGUCUAUUUGUAAUUAAUUUUAUGAUCAGGCUUCUCUAUCUAUUGUCUUUAUCUAUUUACCAGGUAUAAAAAAUCGUUCCCACUUACCUGAUCUGGUAAUAUUUAGGUUUUUAUGUAAUUUGUCAGCUACAUCAGAUUUUAAUUAAUAUUAUAAAGAAACGUCACAUUUUUUCUCCUCUUAGUCUUUUUAGAUUUUCUUCUUCUUUAAUAUUCUUAAAAAUUAUUCACCUUCCCUCAGAACUGGAUAUUUGUCAUGCAUGACAUUUUUCCAGCAAUUUCCUUCUUCUCUUUAAAGUUUAUUUUUCCCCACUAAUUGUAAAUAAGAAUUAUUGUUUACCUUGACGUAAUUUGAAAGUAAAUCAAGUUGCUACAUUUUGAAAAGUUACUUAAAAAU